AGGCGGGCCCGGGCACGGAGAACGAGCGGCUGGGGUUGGUCCGGCUCAGCAUGCUGCGGAACCCGCUCGUCAUCAAGCCAGAGCUGGGGAAGCCGAUGAGAAACUGCUACUCCCUUCCAGGGCCUGAUUUUACCUAUGGGAUGUACAUGCACAGGAGAGAUGGAGGAGUCCCUGAAGCCAUAGGCCACUGGGAUUCAGUGAAGGCCAAGCCUCAUAAAAGGGUCAUGCCCCGAGACUAUGUGACCAUGGGCCGUAAGGCUGUGGAUGAAGGCUGCACCAAAGCCCGUGAGUUUGCUCUGUACUACAAGUUCAUGAACAUCCGCUGCAAAGAUAAGGAGAUCCUCAGAUAUGGCUGCAAGGUCCCUCAAGACAUGACUUUUGGCAGGCCACCACGGCCUUCCACACCGUUUUUUGACCUCAUACAACACAGAUACAAGGAGCUGUGGAUGGAGCAACAGAGAGCACGGACUGUAGUCCAGCACAUGGUGAAGAAAAAGUUGCAGACUGGCGAAGUGCGUGAGAACCGCACCACGUUCCUGCGCACGCACCCACUGCCCGUGAAGGAGGAGUCCUUCUGGCACCCACAGCGCUUUGAGAAGGCUGGGCCUCAUCUCAGGACUUUUCCAGACCCUGAGUCCCGUAAAAAGGCUCUCAGUGCUUCCCAUUGAGGGGUGCCUGUGAGUGGUGCCUUUCCCCAGAGGGCCCCACAGCAAGGACCGUGCUGGGCACAGCCCUCCGACCCCAGGAUUUCACAUAGACUUUCUCUCAGGUUUUACAGAGUUAUGCUAAUGCAGAUAUAGCCAAAUAAAUCAUAAAUAUAAGAGGAA